AUGUCCUUUGAGUGGUUGAACGUUCCAGGGAUCAACACAGCUGAUAAUGACGUGACUGUGGAACAAGGGAACAAUCUACCUCCUCCUAGUGUGUCCUUUGAUAUUGGGACUAGUGGGUCGAACGCUGAACAAAAGACAGAUGUACAGCCGAUCGGCAAUGUUAAUGGCUCGCAUGUACCGAAAGGUAGUGGUGGCCAUCUUGGCGAUUACAGGCCAAUUUCACAGCACCAUCAUAGCUAUCCCGGAUCUGAUCAGCAGAAGCAGAAUGAUAACAUACAGGUUCAUCACCACCAUAAUCAGGGUCAAAAUCCACGUAGCCAUACUGAUAUGAUAUAUAAAGAGACUCCUGAGGAACUAAGAGUACCAUUAUCACUGUCUCGUUCACAGCUGACAAAAGAAGAAGUUCGGACGUACUUGAGAUGGUACAAUUUUAUUACAUCAAGAACGCAUUCCAAACUUGUUAAACUGAUAGAAGUAUUCAAGUUCUUGGCCAAUUUCAGAUUAAGUCAUGAGUUAAAGAGUCGCAUAGAAGCCAUCUUCAGAACUUGCAAAAAUGCUUUGAACAUAGGACAAUUCUUUGCCGUGUUAAGACUUAUAUCGAAAGCUCUCAUAGAGAACGUGAUACCUAAUAGACGAAUGAUAUUGGACAAAGCACCGAUCCCUACUCCACGAUCAAUCUUGACUAGUGGAGAUAGACAUGAAGUUUACGAAGAAGUGGAUGAGGAACCAGAUUCGAAUGGUCAGAAAGUCGACUUCGAUUCGUUUGCAUCCCUGCUUUUGACAGGCAAGUCUGUUCAGAAGAGGAUAAGAAGGCGAAUCCCUGAUUCUGCUGAUAAGAACAAGCGAGUGCGAUUUUCUGAACAUGUUACUUUCCAAGAACCUCCCAGUGAGGAUGGUGAAGAGAACGGCAGUCAUGAAGUGUCUGAUGAUGAAGAAACCGAUGGCAAAUUGGACUUAUCUCUACCGAUGGAUCAACUGCUAAAAAGGAUGGCCAAGAGGAAGGAGAAAAAUACUGCAUUGGUGUCAUCAAUGCCCAACGAGCAGCAGGAAACCGAAGAAGAGAGAGAGGUACUUGAAGAUAUGAAGGAUUCCCUUUCCCAUUUCAAGCAAAUUCAGUCUGUAGAUCUCGCCUCGAUGCCUUCCAUUAGGGUCAGCGAUAACGAACCUGAAAUGCAACCAUUGAAACCCACAUCCACAGGUUCAGCAAAUUCACUGUUCAGGCAGCACUAUAAUAAUCAGUCAUCGGCCGGAGCUUAUCAAGAACCGCUUCAACCAUUGAAGCCAACUGCAACCGGGUCAGCCAAUUAUUUGAUGCGUAAUCAUAUCCCACCACACCAAGAAGCGCCUUCAGAAGCUCCAAAUGGGCCUAGUCCCGUAACUGGAUUACAACCCUUGAGGCCCACGGCGACGGGAUCAGGCAACUAUUUGAUGAAACAACAACUAAGUCAGCAUUAUGCACCUUCCGGGCUCACCGCUCCGAUGAACAGCGCCGAAAGAUUCCCCUCGCCCCAACACACAGGGCAACUGCCGACAGAUCCCUAUCUACAUGCACCACAACCUCGUAUCUCGAUGCAACAACAACUCUCUCCUCAAGUGACACCACAAUCUCAAAAUUUCCAACAGCAACACAACAUGCUUCCCGUACCUCCAAAUCCCGCCGGUAGUUAUUUCCAAUCUCUUCUCUCAAACUCACCAUCGCCUGCUCCGAGUAACGUUAAUAUAUCUGGGAUAAACAACAGCUCUAGUCCCUAUCAAAACCCACCAAACAGUCAUCCACCCACAAGCCAAUCGCGAGCCAUGUACAACAACGGAUACCAAUAUUCAAACACGGCCCCCAAUCGUCAAAUGUUCAAUGAGCCAGCACAGCAACAAAACUAUCCACAACAGAACUUUUCAUCUCCAUAUCCGAUGCCGAGUUCGACAAGCCCGCAAAGCGGUGACAUUCUCAGCGAUCUUCAUAGUCUACAACAACAAGUCAAUGCCUUACAGAACUCGUAUCGGAGAUGA